AACUUCUUUUUAUAAAAUCUUUUGUAGGUAUCAUUUCGUAUUAUAACCAUCCCUAUAUAAACCUUCAGUAAUUACAAGGUAUUAUAAUUAAUCAACAAGUCUCACCCUCUGCCCUAAAGUCAAACAACAUACAAUUUGUAUUCAAUUCAUUAACCUUGACAUUUUCCCUUUUCAAACCGAGAAAAGGACGGUGAUUAUUGAUUAUGUUCCACAACAUAAUCCUGCAAUGCGCGAUAAUGUCACAACCGAAACCUUUUUUCCUGAAUUAAUAAAUAAUUUUUUUAUCCGACACACAUCGAAUGAAUGCCUGAGAAUUUCAAAGAAGAAUUGAUACCUGGAACUUGGAACUAUCUUCAUCAAAACAACGUAGGUGGCCUCUUUAGUUUCGCACGACGACAACAACGUGUUCGUCCAUCGUCGUGUGUUGUAGGAAAGACAUCGAACGGUCCAAGUCAUAUUAAAACAGUCACACACUAAACUUUACCUUUACUCCUUAUGCAAAACCGGAACUAUCUUGAGAAAAUAUCCACUCCAUCUUUCAUCAUUUCGCUUAAAGCACUACUUGGUCCAUAGCUAGAAGGUGAUUGUGUUCGUCUCGCAUGCCAUGAUAGUAGAGGUGCGAGGGAAGCACCAUAAACAAAUCAACUUGACCUUGAACUUGGAUCUUCUUCUUCUCAUUUUUCACUCCUGUAUCGUAUGACACCAAACCCAGCAAGGUAAUAAUUAUUAUUUCUUCUUUUGUUGUUUUUUUGGUGCUUCAUGGUGAAAAAUCAUAUCUCAUAGUUGGCCGUGUGCAAAGGUAUCUGUGUGGGACUCGUGAAGUAUCUGAGAAGAAAAAAAAAAAGCAAUACUUAAGGUGAGAUCUUUAGAGCCGAAUACAAUAGGCAGCACGCUUUCCACCGCAUCCGAGGAGCACAGAUAAAUUUUGUGCUUAUGAUGCUGACUGAAGCUCAUUCCGGGAGGCGCAAAGUUUGCGCUUGUUGAAUGGAAAGCAACAGAGAUUAAGACAAGCAAAAUAGCGCCUCCGGGAAAGCGCACAUUGUUAUGAUGCAGCAAGACUAUGUAUGUGGUUCUGAGAUUUCACGUAGAGAAUUGUCAAGAACAAUGCAACACCAUCACCUGGAACCAUAUGACCAGACCCGACCAUGUGAUGUGAUUAUUAUGAUUACCAUAGUUGGACUUAUACACUAAACUGUUGCAUUAUGUUCCGGAUGAGAAUAGCAAAAGAAUGAAAUGGGGGCUAAAGCAUAACGUGCAACUAAGCAAUAGUAGCUCACUGAAUCAGAGCCUGGAGGCAUUAAUUACACAAAAGAUGAUCCUUUUUUUAGAUAUGAAUUUCUACUGCACCUUUUAUAGCUCGUGUCUGCCUAAUUGCUGAUGCGUAGCCUUGUGAUCUAGUUUUAAUAUUUGUCCCCAUUGUCUAUGAAAUGGUUUUAAGAUGUGCUUUGUGCUUUACGGAAGAAAUAGAUAUAUUUGCAUUUCAUUUGUCAACUUUCUUAGCUUGAGGUAGUUUUAAAAUAGGUACUGCAGACAAAAUUGUCUUCUUGUGAAAUAGAAAACACUUGGUUCUUGAAGGAAAUUUUGUUUUUUUUUUUUGACUAAUAGUAAAAAUAAGUCAGUCCCUAAGCAGUUGGUCAGUAAAUUGUUUCAAUGUUUUAGUGAAAGAAUUAUAAAAAAAAACAAAAAUCAAUAAUGGGCGGAUGAAGUAAAAUACUGUUGCAAAGUCGUGAUUUUUCGAAAUUUCACAAGAACUGCAUUUAGUCGAUAACCGUAAGGAUUUGGGAUGAAUAUGAAUAAGUUAUCAAAUUCUGAGAGCCCUAGAGUUGGCCUAUCAGCAUUAUUUCGUCUGAUCCAUUUCUUUUGGGACACCCUAUAAAAAGUUUUCUAUUACCUGUUCUAGUUACUCAUUUAAAAAAAAACAUAAGCAACUCAUGUCAAUUCAAUUAAAGCGCUUUAAAAAAUAAAUAAGAAGAAAUAAAAAUCAGCAAGAACAAUAUUUGUUUCCAAAGUUAAAAUCCCACUAAAUUUUUAAUACCAGUUAUUUGUGAAAUAUGUAAAUAAACGCAAGCCCAAUAAAAUGCAGCACUACUAGGAAGUAAUUUGAACACAUAAUAUAAUCAUAUUUUAAAUGACACUCAACCAUCUAACCGAGUCGAAGGGUGGAAAAAUUCGCCUCUUUCUUCAGUCGUCUUAAUUACUUCCACAAGAGAAAAAAUCUAAGAAAUAAACGUCAACCCAAAAAAUCGAUAUUUUUAAUUACGCGAUAUUAUUAUAUUUCCGACGACAGAUAUAAAAGUCCUCGCGUACAUAUAAUUGCAGCCACCAAAGAAAAAAAAAGGGGACACCAUAUAUCCAACGAAAUGAGCUCCUUAAAAUAAAAAAAAAAUCUAAAAAGCAAUCAGAACAGCAAUAUCUAAGGCACUAUACUACGUCAGGAAGUCGAAGGAACAUUUUACAAAAAUAAGUCUCAAGAGGAACGAAGUGGAGUGAGGUUACGGUGGUGUUUUUGUUUUUUAUUUUUUUUUUGUUUUGUUAUUGAGAGUGAGAGCUUUGCCUUUGACACCAAACAAAAAGAAAUCCCAAUUUUAACAACAAACACCGCCAAGAUGACAACAGUUCUUCUGGAAGCAAGGCCAUAUAGGCCAUUCAAAUCUAGCGAAGAAUACCUCGAGGCCAUGAAGGAGGAUUUAGCUGAAUGGCUGAGCACGAUGUAUCCGGAGUUGUUGAUUAAUGCCGAAAACUUUAUGGACAGAUUGGACACUGGAGUGGCGCUAUGCAAGCACGCCAACAAUGUCCGUCAAGCUGCCGAAGACUAUCUAGCCAGACGACAAGCUCGCAACAAAUCAAUGACGCGCUCAAUGACUUCCGGAUCGGCUGGCCCAAUUUUGGCUAUGGGCAACGUACAUUAUCUACCAGCAGCAAAAAGUGGAACAUUCUUUUCCCGAGAUAAUGUUUCCAAUUUCAUUACAUGGUGCAGAAAGAGCCUUAAAAUAUUCGAGUGCCUAUUAUUCGAAACCGACGACCUAAUUAUGAGGAAAAACGAAAAACAUGUGAUACUAUGCCUUUUGGAAGUUGCUCGACGUGGAGCAAAAUUUGGAAUGCUCGCCCCAAUGUUGGUCCAAAUGGAACGACAAAUUGAUCGUGAAAUAGCAGCUGAUAACAAAGCUAAUGGAAUUGGCUGUGGUACACAAACAGAUAGUACAGAAUGUGAUAAAAAUAAUAUGGCAACAGAAACAGAAAUGUUCGACACAGAUUCUGAAGAAGAAGAAGAUAACGAUGAAGGGCCAACGCUAGUCUAUGGUCCACAACCUCAAAUUGUUACCAAUGACUUGAAGAGCCUGGAUGAAAUGGUACGAGAUCUUGUUGAAAAAUGUACAUGUCCGUCACAAUUCCCUAUGGUUCGUGUAUCUGAGGGCAAAUACCGCAUCGGAGAUACGAAAGUACUGAUAUUUGUUAGAAUUCUUCGUUCACAUGUUAUGGUUCGUGUUGGAGGUGGUUGGGAUACGCUGUCACAUUAUUUGGACAAACAUGACCCUUGCCGUUGUAAAACUCAACAUCGAUCAUCGGUUGCUGCGCGUUUAAUACCACGCACUUGUGCUGGGGCAAAUGGUAUCGAACUAAAUAAAGCACAAGUAAUAUUUGAGAGAUCACCACCUUCGACCAGAAAGAAUGUAUCGACCUUUAACAGUUCACCAAAUAACUCACCAUCUGUUAAUGGUGUCAGCAACUUGUCACCCAGUGCCGCUGGCAAAACACGCAGUCGUAGUCCCACGCCACAGAGAAAAUAUCUUAAACAACUAAAUCAUAGUUCCAGCAAUGACAGUAGUAACGAAAAAUUACACACACCAUCACAAAUUGCUGCACCCAAUUUGGCCAGGCGUUCAAUGUCGCCCAGCCCUCGGCGUCUUAUUGACAUGAGGAAAAAACAAACAUCUCUAGAAUCGUCUAGUGGACCAAAAUCUUUACCAACAAAUACGGUGGAUAUGUCCGUCAAUCAUGUGCAAUUCGAAAGCUUAAGUUUGGCACAGGCCGAGGUCAUAAGCCCACCAAAUAGCAGUGGAACGCUUAGUAAUGAAACGUCUAGCAGUACCAAAUUUGAAAACAUCAGUGAUAAUGGUAGUGAAAUAAGUGAUGAAGGAUAUCGUAGUUUGGGUUUGAUUCAGUCUAACGCACAGAAAAGAGAAUCAAUUCAUAGUCAAACCUCAAUCGAUGAUGCUGAAAAUACCGCGCGUCAAGACCAGACAUCCAGUGACUCCCAAUUGUCGCCAAUCGAUGACGGUACACCCUCAAUUAAAACUCCAGAAAUUUGUGAAACCGACAACAACAUUGAUCCUCAUUCCUCUCUAUCUGAACAACUAGACUCGAUUGUUACAAUCACACCUUCUUUAGAUGGCGAAGAAGUAAAUAAAUUUGAACAAUCAGGUGUUUUUAUAACCGAAGAUGAAAUAACUGUUGAUAUUGCCAAUAAUACUGGCCUUCGAAAAACUGGCUUCUCUACAAAAAUCUAUGGCGAAGAAGACACGAAACCCACUACACAAACUACGGCAAAAUGUAAAAUUCCCCAUUCACCAAUUCUCCAAAGAAGGCGUAGCUUGGACAACAGCAGCUGCCAUAGUAGCAUGGCUGACGUUCGUCAAACUUCAGACAUCAGAUCUCAAACAGGUGUGCCAGUAUUUAAUAGAAAAAAACCAGUGUAUAGAUCGGUAAGAAAACCAAAUGAACUUGCUAAUGAAGCUCGAAAAACUCCUGGAAAGGAUGUCACCAACACAUGGAGUGGUCGGGUACCUCCAACUGGCAAAAAACGUCCUACAAUGACAGCUGAAACAUUUAGCCCGAGCUUCAAUCGUAACUCGAAAACGCGUUCAUCUCAAAUUCUCUAUGAUAGCAAUGGCCGUAGAGUCAAAGGCGGUGCAUCACUGACAACAUCACCUGUGAAAAAUAAUGCCUCUUCACCGUUGGCCCAGCAGCUUUUGGAAGCGGCCAAUAGUGCUAAAAAUGACGCACAAAUUCUCGAAAAAAUGAAAGCGCUUUUGUCCAGAUAUUCAACCAGUAACUUAGGAACUCCUCGGGCAGCAAAUCUCAAGAAACCCAUUUACGAUGACUUUACUACAGCCUGGGUCAAUAGUAAUGGACAUUUGGAGAGAUCGAGUAGUUGUUCGCCGCCCACAAAAGGUCCUUCUAAGCGAAGUUCGGCCGCUUCAUCAAACGAUAGUACUCACAGUCACAGUAGAGAUGUAUCGUUAAUUGUUUCACCGAGACGUGAUCGGGGCUUGACUAGAAUUCCAUUACCUACAAGACAACAUACUGAGCUUUAUUGAGAUAAGUAAAUCAGAAUUCAGAAGUUAAUAAAAAAAGCUUUUUGAUAUGAUGAAAUUAGUGUAGGGUUCAGGUGAGUUAAUGCGCUUUGCUCACAAUCUGAUCAAAAAAGUAGUAGAAUAUAUUUUGUAGUAAUUUUUAUACUAAAAAAAAAACAAGUAGAAAA